AUGAGCCCUGUCGACAACGUCGACAACAAGGAGUUGCUUGGAGUACCGAAACUUGAGCCUGACGGCUCAAAUUGGUCUAUAUACAAGACAAGAUUAGCUUGGGCACUGGCGGAUAAAGCACUUCAGUCACCCCCAAAACAUAAGCAUUUAGCUUCAACUAUCUGUGAUGGGAUCAUCCCAGAAGCGGAAUAA